AUAAAAAAUAAAAAAUAAAAAAUGAAUUUAACCACCACAGAGUAACCACCAAAAAGAUUCCAAAAUUCGACGGAGGAAAAGGGAGAGAAAACAUGCUCUCAUGCCAACCACCCACCACCACCACCUCCUCCGAAUCCUCAAUGUUGGCUCACAAAUUCCACCGCCAUCACUUCCGCAACUGCUCUCCCAAAUUUCGAUGCAUUCUCGACCAGAUUGCUCCCAAAUUCGCCGUCUCCUCCUCCCUCAGCUCCGUCUUCACCUCCACCAACGUCAUCGCCGCCGCAGCCUCCUCCGGUUCCACCACCCUCCACGGCGCCGUCACCUCCACCAUCACUCAAGUCGCUGUUACUGCCGUCGCCAUUGCCUCCGGUGCUUGUCUCUCCACUAAGGUCGAUUUCUUGUGGCCCAAACUAGACGAGCAACCAGGUUCUCUUAUAGUGGAGGGAGUAGAUGUAACUGGAUAUUCCAUAUUUGGUGAACCGGAGGUGCAAAAGGCUAUCGCAUUUGCUAAAAAAGCCCACCACGGCCAACUACGCAAAACUGGAGACCCUUACUUAACGCAUUGUAUCCAAACGGGGAGAAUCUUGGCCAUGUUGGUUCCUUCCAGUGGCAAAAAAGCUAUUGAAACAGUUGUGGCUGGAAUUCUCCAUGAUGUGAUUGAUGAUACAUGUGAAAGUUUGCAUAGUGUGGAAGAACAGUUUGGGCAUGAUGUGGCUAAGUUGGUAGCCGGAGUUUCCAGGUUGAGUUAUAUAAAUCAGCUCUUACGGAGACAUCGCAGGGUAAAUGUGAGCCGGGAAACCCUUGGGCAUGAGGAGGCAAACAAUUUACGAGUUAUGCUGCUGGGCAUGGUUGAUGAUCCACGCGUGGUGCUUAUCAAGCUUGCUGAUCGUCUUCACAACAUGAGAACCAUUUAUGCUUUGCCAUUGCUAAAAGCCCAGGCUGUUGCAAAGGAGACUCUAGUUGUUUGGUGUUCACUUGCCUCCAGAUUAGGCUUGUGGGCAUUGAAAGCUGAACUGGAAGAUCUGUGCUUUGCUGUUCUUCAGCCUCAAAUAUUUCAGAAAAUGAGGGCUGAUCUAGCUUUCAUGUGGAGCACGAGCAGCAGAGAAGGAAGUACAAAGAAAAUCUGUGCAAAAGCCAACUUCCUCCCUUUAAAUGAUAAGAGCUCCUUUUUUGACUAUGAGGGAUUGGUGGCAAUUGAUGAAGAUGUCACAAGCAUGAAGAAUCUGUUGGAAGCGGUAGUGCCAUUUGAUGUCUUGUUGGAUCGGAGUAAAAGGACCAACUUUCUUAACAGUCUUAGAAAAGGUUUGGAGACCCAAACAAGCCCCAAGGUUGUGCGAGAUGCUGCAAUUGCUUUGGCAUCUCUGAUAGAGUGUGAGGAAGCACUUGAGCGGGAGUUGAUUGUGUCAACUUCUUAUGUACCAGGGAUGGAGGUAACUUUGUCCAGCCGACUAAAAAGUUUGUAUAGCAUCUAUAGCAAGAUGAAACGGAAGGAUGUAAGCAUUGAUCAAAUAUAUGAUGCCCGUGCGCUAAGGGUAGUCGUUGGCGACAAGAAUGGAACUUUGCAUGGACCUGCUGUUCAGUGCUGCUACAGUCUUCUUGACAUUGUACACAAACUUUGGACCCCUAUUGAUGGUGAAUUUGAUGAUUACAUUGUCAAUCCAAAACCCAGUGGCUACCAGUCUCUGCACACUGCAGUACAAGGUUCUGAAGGAUCACCUUUGGAAGUUCAAAUAAGAACACAGAGGAUGCAUGAAUAUGCUGAACAUGGACUAGCAGCGCAUUGGCUUUAUAAAGAAAAUGGAAAUGUACUGUCUUCCAUAAGCAGCAUAGAUGAAUCUGAAAUAGAGGUGUCUUCCUAUCUAUCCAAAGAGAUAGAGGAUCAAAAUACUAUAGAGGGUGACUUCUUGCAGAAGUACAGUUUGUUGAAAACAGGACAUCCAGUUCUCAGAGUUGAAGGAAGUCAUCUGCUUGCUGCUGUUAUUGUUAGGGUAGAAAAGGAUGGAAGGGAAUUGCUUGUCGCUGUUAGCUUUGUACUUCCAGCUUCUGAAUCAGUUGCUGAUAGAAGAUCUUCUUUUCAGAUGAAGCGAUGGGAAGCUUAUGCAAGAUUAUACAAAAAGGUUUCGGAUGAAUGGUGGUGUGAACCAGGACAUGGGGAUUGGUGCACUUGCCUAGAGAAGUAUACACUUUGUCGAGAUGGCAUGUACCACAAGCAAGAUCAGUUUGGGCGUCUACUGCCAACCUUCAUUCAGGUCAUUGAUUUGACUGACCAAGAAGAAUCAGAAUAUUGGGCUGUUGUAUCAGCUGUUUUCGAGGGCAGACAGCUUGAUUUUAUUACUAGACGGCCAAGAUUAAACUCGGCUGCGUUAACUUCCAUGGAAACUAGCAUCAAUAAUAAGGUGCGUUUGUUGAGGACAAUGUUAAGAUGGGAGGAACAGCUACACUCAGAAGCAAGCCUUGGUGGAAAAUCAUAUGGUUCCAUAGUACUUGGGGAGGUAGUGAUUGUAUGCUGGCCCCAUGGUGAGAUAAUGAGGUUGGAGGCUGGUAGCACUGCUGCAGAUGCUGCAAGAAGAGUAGGACUUGAAGGUAAGCUGGUUUUGGUUAAUGGUCAGCUUGUCUUACCCAAUACAAAGCUCAAAGAUGGUGAUGUAGUUGAAGUUAGAGUAUAAUAAUUUGUAAAAAAUUCUCUCAGAAGAACCAAAAAAGGAAAGAAAAAAAAAGAAAGUCAAAGAAAAAGGAAGAAAAAUUGUGGAAAAGAUAGAGACAAAGGACCGACUCAAGGUAUCAUAUCAGACUCAGAAACAAGAUAACACCAUCUUAAAGUCAUCAGAGUACAAGCUUUGUGAUAUGGAUUGAGCAGGAUAUUGGAGGAUGUUGGUCCUGGUAUAGAAUUUUUGGCAGUGAAUUUGUUUUGUUUCGUUUUAGAUAAGAGGAUAGAACAGAGUUGAAUGUACAUGUACAGCCAAAAAGAAAAAAAGAAAAAAAGAAAUAAUAUUCAUUUUCCAACCAAUUAGAAAAUUGCAGUGGCUCUUUUUACUUAAACAGAAAUCGUGGUCCUUUAUGACCCAGAUUCUGAUCUUCAUUUUUUCCCAGUAAAAAAAAAAAAGAAAGCAGUAGGUUAGGAACUACAAGAUAUCGGUUGCAAAACACAUGUUAAUUAUAUUAAUCGAUGGUCUUAUUAGGAACUGAAUCGACCAUUGUAGGCUAGGUUCUAUCAAAUAUAUAUAUAUAUAUAUAUAUGGGUGUGUGUGUGUGUAUAUAUCAUAAACAAGGAACAGCAAAACUUUAUGAAUUACUUCUCUCCAUAACAAUUUCCUCUUUUAAGGUUCCGCUGGAAAACAACAACAACAAAAGAAAUCACAGCUUUGAAGGAAAAUCAAACAUUGGCUCUUCAAUGUAAAUAAAUUAUCCCAUUGUAUUAAUUAAAUAUAUUGGUAUGGGUGUUUGUUGAAUAAUGGAACGCAAUUAAGUCCAGCCGUGUGUGGUUGGCAGUAAUUUUAAUAAACGACGGCAGAGUCACAAUCUUCAGAUAUAUAAUAGAAUGGACUUGCAGGUUUUUCAUUCUUCUUCUAAUGCAAGGAGUUUGAUGAGAUGUAUUAGAUCACGUGGACUAGAAAGUUAUUGUAUAAAUUUUAUCUUAUGAUGAU